AUGACUUCGCUCGCAGCAAAGUAUAUCAGCAAAAAGUUGUUGGGAGAAUCUGUUGCAAAUAAAUUCGGAUCAGAGGACUUGUACUUCGAAACUGUGCCUGCCUCCCGCUUAGACGGUGUUCCCUCGAAAAAGAAAACCCAGAGGAGAAGAAAGGCGAUACCUGCUGGCAUAUCAGAAAAAGAUGCAAAGAUUCUCACCAAAGUCAAGCGCAGAGCUUAUAGACUAGAUAUGAGUCUCUUCAAUUUUUGUGGAAUUAGAUUCGGAUGGAGUAGUGUGAUCGGUCUCGUUCCUGCCAUUGGUGACUUUAUCGAUUUAUUCAUGGCGAUGAUGGUUCUUCGGACAUGCAAUAAAGUUGAUGGCGGACUCCCGAACGGUGUCAAAUCCAAGAUGAUGUUCAAUAUCAUGCUCGAUUUUGCUGUUGGUCUUAUACCAUUCGCAGGAGACCUUGUCGAUGCAGUAUUCCGCGCUAAUACCAGAAAUGCCCUCGAGCUCGAAAGACAUUUGCGCGAUAAGGGCGCGAAGAUACUGAAGGCAAAAGGUGAAGGUUUACCUGCCGUUGAUGUUACCGAUCCCCAUGAAUUCGAUCUGUAUGAUGAGCAACUCUCUGAUGAAGAACCUCCACGGUACACGUCCGGAGCAAAUGAAGAGCCUGUUAGUCCUCGGGAGCCAGGCGGACGUAAUCGUAAUAGCUGGUUCGGUUAUGGAGGUAAAGCAGAGCGAACCAGACAACCUGAUCCUGAGCAAGGUCGUCGUAGUGAUAGAUCACAAAGAACGAGACAGCCUGAUCCUGAGCAACAACGUCAUAGCGACAGAUCACAGCGGACAAGACAAGCUGAUGUCGAGCAAGGUCGCGGCGAUAGAUCACACGCACAAGAGCCUCCACUACCUGUUCGCCCUAAGAAGGUUCAGAAGAGUGGUAGACGUUGA